AUGUCUUCUAAUCCAACCUCAGGCUCUCCCGUGGCAGGCAGCGGUAACAACGCUCAGGGGCCUCCAACGCAGCAACUGACACCCGAUUCGGUCCAGCAUUUGGCAUUACGAUACCAGCAAUAUUUCAACGAAGCGCAAAGACUAGGGCCUACGACUCCUCAAGGCCAGGAGUUGUUGAGAAGAGCCUCCAGGAUCAAGGCAAUGUAUGUUGCGUACAACACACAGAAUCAACAGGCAGCCCAAGGUGCCGUCCAGGGUGCAGGUGUGCCAUCUGGAAGCGCCGAUAAUGGCACUGCUUCACCAACAGCUUCGCAGGCUUCAAAUGGGACUCCCACAAAUAACUCGAUGACACGCAAUAUUCAGAGCUUGCUGACCCCACAGCAAAACGAAGCUUACGGAAAACUUCUACAGACUUUCAACGAAAAUGGUGAACAGAUAAAGGGUGAAUACGGAUACUUGAAGAAGCAGAUCGAAAUCCUGGAAGACGAGAUCAAAAAAAGACAAAACAAUCCAGCCAUGGUGAAUCAGCUGGAGAGCAAAAAGUCUGAAAUUCUUAACAAAUUAACGGGAUUCAGUGACUCUUACCGAGCAUUGAACCAAAAACUUCGUGAGGACAAGAAAAACUUCUAUAUUGAAUGUGCUGCCACGAAUCCACACCUCAAGCGCUUUUUGCAGGCGUCGACUCAACAGCAACGGGCCAAUGCCGCCAAUAUGUCAAACGGCAACUCACCCUUACCUUCAGGUAAUGCUACUGUAAACGCAAGUAGUCCAGGCCGGCAGCAACCCGUUGUACAACAAACACAGGCCCAACAAGAGGUUAAGGACACUCCGGCACAACAGAAAUCCAACGCGAACAGCAGGUCCCCCACGCAUGUGACGUCCGUAAAUGCUGCAGCGCACUUGGCUAACACGGCUAGUCCCGCUAGUAGACAGGCCAUCUUCAAGCAACCAAAUCCCUCGGUCCCGAUCUCCGAAAAUGUUGCACAGAAAACGCACACUCCCGUAGUGCAUCGUUCUAACCGUCCUACUAUCACUGGUGGUAGUGCCAUGAAUGCUGCUGCUCUAAACGCUCCUGUGAUGACCAAAUUGCCUCCGUACGAGGUCGACAACGAAAGAGUUAUGUCCAAGAGGAAGCUGCGUGAGCUCGUCAAGUCGGUCGGAAUUGAUGAAGGUGAUGGUGAGACCACAAUUGACGGAGAUGUGGAGGAACUUUUACUUGAUUUAGCCGAUGAUUUCAUUACGAACGUGACAAGCUUUGCCUGUCGUCUGGCCAAACACAGAAAAUCCGACAACUUAGAUGUUCGUGACAUACAGCUGCAUUUGGAAAGAAACUGGAACAUUCGCGUUCCUGGCUAUGCAGCUGACGAGGUCAGGAGCACGAGGAAGUGGAAUCCCACAACCAGCUACAAUCAAAAAAUUCAGGGUAUUAACAAUGCAAAGGCUGCAAAGACGGCCAAUGCAGCUCAGGCCAUGGCAGCCCAAAGUGUUAGUGGAAAUUCGGGGACUAAGCCACAAUCGCUCUCAUAA